AUCUCCCAUAUCCUCUUCCCACAACUCCCCUCAUCUAUCUCCGGCGAGAGAGCCUCAUCGACCAAGAAAGUCUUUCUGCACCAUUCUCUCACCUUCUGCGACAACUAUUGACUCUCCCACAACCUCGCUCACCCAACAGCGCCGCAUCUGGCUUUAGAGCAGUCGCGUGAAUCCAUCUCUUCGCCUUCGCGCGUGUCUGCCAUCGCCCCGCUGCUCUCAUGCAUGCAGUCGCUCUCUGAAUACCAUAAUAGAGAUGAUGGUUGGCGGGCGGCGGGUGAGGUAGAUCAGUAUUUGUCCUACGAUGUCGCGCGCGUCCGGGGCGAGCUUUGCGCAGUUUUUUCCGUCUGCCCCUCGAGCUGCCAAGGACAAGGCGAAGGAGCGGGAGAAGUCCAAACCACAGAUCUUGGAGUCGACGAGCAGACAUCUAGCUGCUGACAGCGCGGUAGUAUCUUCGCAGCCUGCUGUUGAGAAUGCUGGUUCCACUCGCCCUGCCGGAGAAAGCAAUAUCACCAGCACGGAUUCUACUGCACCCCCAGCAGAGGAAACCGUAUCAUCCCCUGGCGAUAUACUGAACGGCGUGGGAUCUGCAAGUUCACAUUCAAGUACCAUAUCAUCUGUCUUUAGUGCGCCAGUCCAACAACCGAACAUGUCAACAUCUGGCGGAUCUCGGAAUGUUAGCAGCCUGACCCCUAUGACAACCCUCGACUCCUCUCCACAUCAUAUCGCAAGUCCACAAUACAAACCAGGCUCUCAAGCCAUCAGUUCGAGUGGCUUUGCAUCCACUAAAUCCAACCCCCAAAAUGACGUCCCCCAAGCGCCAUCUGCUGUGGCAGAACAAGCCCCCUCAGAACCGCGAGUCUACGCUCGAGAUCCAAUGAGAAGUAUAAAAGGCACAAUAUGUACAUACGAUCCUCUUCUCGACCGAAAAUUGGGCUCGAACGAGAAGAAGAAGGCGAAACCGACAUAUAAGGAGUUUGGCUUGGAAGAUGACGCUCCCCCAGCAGAUCCGCGCCUCGCGAAAGGUGGGAGAUUGGGCUACAUCAAUACCGAUUUCCACAAGCCGAGGUCACGACUACGCCAUGCGCCAUACCUGCUUCCAAAGUACCCCUGGGAUCCGAAGACAUCGUACGGCCCAGGACCGCCCACCCAAGUCGUAGUGACCGGAUUCGACCCGCUCUUCAACUUCGCAAAUGUGACGGCUUACUUCUCGAGCUUUGGCGCGAUCGCGGAGAGCAGCAACAAACUCCAUCCUGAGACUGGCAGCUGUCUGGGAUUUGGUACUUUCCGAUACAGAGACAAGAACGAAAAAGGCGGUGUUUUCGUUUCUGCCAUUCAAGCUGCGAGGAGGGCAGUAAGAAACGGAAAUGGCUCACGAAUUGGCACGCAAAAUAUCAAAGUCGAAUUCGAUCCUGAUGGCAUCAAAAGUAGACGAAUGUUGGAGGAUGUACUCAAGGAAUACAAGCCGCCGCAAGCCCUUCUACAGCCUCCCAAAGCCCCCGUAGCUCCCAAACCCUCCGAAGCCUCCAAGACACCUGGGCCGCCUCCGACAGCACCGAAAGGGCCUGCGGCGUUUUCGCAAAGGCAACCUUUCCGUGCGCCGCCUGUUUCGGCGCCUUUCAUUCCAACAAAACCGCGUGUGCUGACCCUUAUUGAAGAUCAGCCAAUUUCGGAGCAGCUGGAGGACGAUCCCUAUAUUUUCGUGUCUAAAGAAUCAGUGCCGGUGCUUCCCACGACGAUAGUACAUAUGAAGAAGCGGAUGAGGCACUGGGAGUUUGACGAUGUUCGUGCUGAUCGCUGGGGAUAUUACAUCAUAUUCCAGAAGUCGGAAUCGGGGAGGUCACAACUGGAAAAGUGCUUCAACCUUACGGACCGGACACCAUUCUUUACGUACACGUUGGUAAUGAAACCGAUGCCGUAUGGGACCAAGGGUCUCCCCCCUUCGAAGCGUCGUGUCUCCGAUGCCACACGCAGACGAAGCCGAAGUCCGACGCGGAGACAUAUGGAGCAGCGGGAUAAGGAAGACGAGGAGGCACGCAGAAGGGAAGAAGAAGCCGACCUUGAAGAGGAGAAGAAAGAACGCGCCAAGAAUUUCGAUCCAGCGAGGGAGGCUAUUGAGGUUAUCCGAAGGGACCUGAAAGAUCAGCUGCUGAAGAAUAUCCGCACGAAGAUUGCUGCACCUGCUCUGCACAACUAUAUGGACCCUGCAAACCAUGUUGCCAAGAGACGGAAGUUCAAUAUUGCCGAUCCCACAGACCUGAAGAUACCUCUGAUCCACGAAGAUGACGAUCGAGAAGAUAGUCCAGCGAUUGGCACGCCAAAUUCUCGUGCAGAUAGCUUUGACCGGCGGAUCAUGGGGCCAGGGCGGCUCAAUGUCACCGCACUCCCUCGAAUCCGCAAAAUCAAAGGUGGAAAGAAAGUUAAUGUUGGCUUUAAAGAUCCCUUUGCUCGAGCUCGACCAGAAGUUCGGAAGGCCUUCGUUCGUCCCCUGCAUCACCGCCUCCUCCACAGUGACGAUGAGGAUUCAGAUGAUGAGACGGAGGAUCACUCCAGAGGUCGCGAUACUGAAGAGCCAGAAUCACGUCCGCGCAGCAGGAUGAGUACUGACGAUGAAGCUUCCGACGAUGAACCAGAAGUACUGAGCCGAAGAGAUCAGCUGAAGGAGGAGACCACGUCGAUGGAUGCUCGUGAUGAGGAUUCGAUGAGUGAAGCCAACUUUGUGGCUGGAGAGCCAGUUGUGCCGACAAAGAAGCGAAAGCUUGAUCUGCAGGUGGAAGCUUCUCUGAAGCGUCAGAAGAAGACGGAUGAAGAGCUCUUUGGUGUUGAUGCUGAUCUCAUCGAACGUGAAUUCCCUCUGUCGGCAUCUACAGAGGACACUGUAAUGCACGAUAUUGACGGUAUCAUGAAGACGGAAAGCGAUGCUGAGGCUGCUGUGACCGCUCAAGGGAAGAAGAAGAGUGUUCCGAAGACUAAAAAGAAGAAGUCCAAGAAACAGCUCUUCGCAGAGCGGGAGGCUCUCAAACGGGAGCAGGAGGGCAUCUACAUGGAAGAGGCUCUCCGGCAACCUUCUGUUGAAGUGGAGGAUGAAGAGGAGUACAUCACCGAAACUGCUCCCCUGCAAAGCUCAGUGGAAUGGGGCAUGGCGGGAGAGUCUCCUCGCCCAACCGUAGCUGAUGAUUUCCUCAACCUUCUUGAUCUGGAUGGUCUUCAGAACCUAGUCAAGGAUGACGGGGAUGCGUUGGCUGCGGCACAAGGAUUCGAGACCGAACCGGCGGCUCAUGUUCGUGAUUCUGCAACCUUUAGCUGGAAACAGAAGGACGUGAAAGCACUCAACCGCAAUGGCUACAGAGGGCUUGUUACCAGCGAGACUACUAUCGAGGGUUAUUAUGUUCCGAACGAGUCCGGUUCUGCGCGAACUGAAGGAUUUAAGAAGAUUCUUAACUCUGAAAAGUCCUUGUAUUUGCCUCAUCGUAUCAAGGUCCAGAAAGCACGAGAAGAGCGGGAGGCUCAAGCCAAGAAAGCAGGGAAGGAUCUUGUGGCUGAAGCAGCAGAAGCUGCCAAGAUUGCUGCUGAGAAGUUACUCGCCAAAGGAAACUCCCGAGCGAAUCGUGUCAACAAUCGUCGAUUCGUGGCUGAUCUCAAUAACCAGAAGAAGGAUCUUGGUGGUGAUGCUGAAGUUCUUCGAUUCAACCAACUGAAGAAGCGGAAGAAGCCUGUCAAAUUCGCCCGAUCUGCAAUUCACAAUUGGGGCUUGUACGCCAUGGAGAAUAUUCCAAUGAACGACAUGAUCAUCGAAUACGUCGGCGAGAAAGUUCGACAACAAGUCGCUGACCUUCGAGAGAAUCGUUAUCUCAAGAGUGGCAUUGGAAGUAGUUAUCUGUUCAGGAUUGACGAGAAUACGGUCAUUGACGCCACAAAGAAGGGAGGCAUCGCCAGGUUCAUCAAUCACAGCUGCAUGCCAAACUGCACGGCAAAGAUCAUCACCGUAGAGAAGAGCAAAAGAAUUGUCAUCUAUGCGCUGCGGGACAUCGCCCAGAAUGAGGAACUUACGUACGACUACAAAUUCGAGCGUGAGAUCGGCAGUACAGACCGUAUCCCCUGUCUCUGCGGUACCGCAGCCUGUAAAGGAUUUCUCAACUAAUACCCUUUGUAUUCCUUCGUCAUUGCAUCGUCCGGCCGUUUGUUUCGGAAGGGGGCAGCAGAUGCAAAUAAAAGCAAAUUCAUUUCUCGCAAGGAGUUUACGUGACCCGGACAUUUUCAAACACUGCAUACAAGAAUCGGGUGGGCUGGCAGGCUGGCUUGGGCAGGUAAAGCCCAAAAAUGUACUCUUUUCAACCGAGUCAUUUGCAGGGCGUUCUUUUAAUUUUUCUGUGCGGUUUAUAUGGGCUGAUUGAUAAUAAAAGGCGCCAUGAAUCUGACAUGGCGAUUGAUGUGGGGCAGGGAAAGGAGGUGCGAUAAGGAGAUUCAGAGAAUAAGGCGUGGGCCACUUGUAUGAAUAGAUAUAGUGCUUGACCAGCUGAUGAGCUGGGUGCGGCAGGUAGUAAGCCUGGAUCUGGGCAAAAUAGAGUUGUGCAGAUCAAGACCAACUUUGGAAAAUAUCCUGAUG